AAUGGGAAAUAGCUUUAAUCUAAGAGUAAUGGGUAGAUGGAGAUCGAUACGAGAUAUUAUCCAACAUAAUACCAUCUUAUUCAGUGUGGGAGGCAGCUACACGAACACAAUCAAUGGAUUAUAACAACAGGAGUAUACCAACGGGGGGUCGUGAAGCGUGAUCUUGUAGUAAUUUCAACGCAUUAAAUUCGGCAAACAACAUUCAACAUGAUACAUGGACUUGUGAUAAGAAAAUAAUAAAUACUGAAGCACGGGCAGAAAUCGAAGAUUAACAACGAGUUGGAAUUUAUUGAUAUUGGAAGUUGUGAUGACAUCUUAUGAUUUCUUUUCGUUGACGGAUAGCCUCAUCUUAUUUCGAGCUAGUUGAAAGAAAUUCACCGGACCUGCCGUUGUGCUCACCAUGGAUACAUGUUACAAGUCUGAUAAAAGGUGAAGCUCAUGACGCAAUGCUGAUACGUGAAUAUAUUGAUGAUGUUAGAUCCCUUGAGGAUGAGAACGGUUCGAUGUCUAGUAUCCCAAAAUGCAACUUCAGAUGAUGCCUGCCGAUACGGGCUUAUCAAGUUCUGAAUCGGACAGCAGUAGUAGCAGCAUCAAGAUGACGUUAGGGUCGCCAUCAUCACCAAGUAAACUCAGGGGUACCUUCACGCUCUCGUCGGCCACUGUAGAUCCUCUCACCAACUUCGACUCGUGGCCUACGACCACAGGGUUCACCUCGAAAGCGAUCACGGAGCCGCGACCAGGAGUUGGACGCGGUCGUCUCCCGUCGAUUGGCGAGUUGAAUCCGGCCUCGAAACUAGUUUUCCCUGCUCAACAGAGUUUCAUGCAGAUGUUCACAACCCCGGGAACUGAUGGAAGUAUUUACUCGAAAAGGAAGAACCUUUAUGCGGGUUACCAUCAACAGGCUCAAGGUAGACCGGUCAAAGACCGCAUCAUCAAGCAUAACCAACCGGAAGUGCAGAAUAAGUCUCGUGUAGAACCGUUACCCGAAGAAACUGAUGUAACCAACGCACCAAAAUCUUUCCUGCAGGGAAGUGGAUUGUUAGAACCUAGUAAAAAUGUAUGGACGGCGCCAUCGGACAUGACCAAAGGUCCUAAACAUGUUGCAUUGUUUCCAACGAGAUCACCGCCAUCAAAGUUGACCGCUCAACGAGAAACGGUGACCAUUGACGGUAAGAUCCGUCGAGUCCGGUUUCUUAGCGCUGACCACACCCCUCUCAGGGAAGAUCCAGAGUUCAAGAAGCUUUUGGGAAACACAAAGACAGUGAGCGAGAUCAACCGGAAAACUGCACCAGACACUAAGGCAAAACCUACAGAAGACAAGAAAGUCAAUCUGAGAUCUGUGACCGUAUCAAGGACAAGAAAAGCGAGUCUUGAUGGGGGCGAGGGAGGUAAGAUACUUCGGCCUACCCCAAAGCUUGACUCGAAGCAGGAAUCGCCAGAUGUGUGGUUAGAAAGAGCCAGAAAACUUCGUGCUUCGAAAGACAAAAAUGCCAAAAAGACAGAGGGUACCUGCAAGCAAUCCGAAUCCAUGAAGUUCCAUGAGGAAGAGAAUAAUAUGGACAUAGAUGAUGAUAAGACGUUGUGUAAUGAAAUUAAACAUGUUAACUAUUGUGAUGAGAAGAAAACAAGAUGGGUUGUAAGGUGGCUGGAGGAGGUUAAUAGACAAAGUCAUUUUGAUAUUAUUGAGUAAGCUCAGCAAUGCCGCAUAGUCACUCACACUCCCUCUCGUGUUCUUACUUGGAGGUUGACAUUCCUGAUGUCAAUCGAGACGGUUCAUAAAUUUGCUCUGGGAACAAUAUUGUUCCGAUGGAAAAUCGCCGCGUUAAGAUAAACACAAAACAUAACCUCAAAAACCUUAUCUUUACAUUAUUCUGAUAAUAAAACUCUAUUAUAAUUCUAACUCUAACCCUAUGCCUUCUGAGAUAUUGAGACCGGAGUAAUUGUCGCAGGAGCAAAUGUCGUGUCGCCACAGAGGUUCAAACACUUUGAUCUGAUACGUUAUCAGACUUGUUAUUUAUUGAUGAAUUCAUUAUCUGCUGGCAAUGACCAAAUUAUUUUGAUGAGUAGGAAUAUGUCAUUGAAUAUGAAUGCCUUUUGCAAAAAAUGACCAGAUUGCACAAUAUAUAUUUUUAAGGAAAAUCUCAGAUUUGCAUGGACUUUUGAAUGUAUACAUGUGUGAUAGCGGUCAACUAGGUUUAUAUAAAAAAGAAAAUAGUAUUAUGAAAUCGAUUUAAUAUUCAAUAUGCAAGUAGAGGGGAAAUGUUCAUUAUCUCAUUAUCGUACAAAAACUGAAGAAAGUAACUGUGCAGAUAGGGUGUUGCGUGUCUUAUGAAAAUGCAAUUUGUGUUACUAAUGUAGGAUUUGCUGCAAAAUUGAAAUAUUAAAACCAUGUUAAGAUGUUAAAGUUGGAGUUAUAUUCUUAAAAUUGGAGUGAGCACAUGGUCACCUUCAUCAUCACCUAUCAAUGAUCAACAGUAUAAAGUCAAUGUAGUUUGUUCAUCUAAAAUAAUAUAGCGCUGUUGCACACCCACUUACAUCCAAAAAUGUAUUUAAAAAAAAUGCAGUUUAGUUCAUAAUAAUAUUGUGUCACCAAGCUUUUCGAGAAAGAGGAGAAUAUCUUUCAAUUUGUAUUUCCACUAUUCAAAAUGCAAAUAAUAUAGAUAAUGCAAUGCUGAUUAUGUUGGAAUACAUAUAAUACAUAUAAUCCAUUAUGUGCGUAAGAUUAAAGAAUGAAGAGUUGAAGUUCAUUGCUAUUUCACAAACCGCAAGACAGUGUAAAAAUAAUGAUUAAACUAUUCAACAGCAAUAAAUGAUAUUUAUGAUAUAAUGAUUAAUGUGAUUGAGCAUGAAUGUGUCUUGUUUACUCAAAAGUGAUUGUUGCCAGUAAAGAUUGUACACCCUCUCAGAAAUAAAGGUUCAAGUUUGCUACCCAAAUGAAACACUGUUUGCACCCUUUGGGGUGUAAUCUUGCUCCCUUGGUGGAAAAGGAUGCAAAAAAAAAAUCACGUUUCAUCAUUCUUUGAACCAACAUCAUGCUAGUUUGUACCCUAAACAUGCUUAAAUGUGUAAACUUUCACCUUUUAAGGUGUAUACUUGACGUUAAGGAAGGUUCAAAAUGGUUCCGUUAUACAUCUUUAAAGGUGCACAAAUUCAGGAGCAUGAUUUACACAAUCCUCUUCUCCUUCUUCUUUAUCUUCAUCAACAUCACAUCUUAUUCUUCUGUUUGGUCUUGUUGUUGUUGUGGGUUUUUUGUUUCUUUUUUUUUUACUCUCUCUCUCCCCCUCUCUCUCUCACUCUCUCUUUCUUUCUUUCUUUCUUUCCUUCCUUCCCUUCUUCCUCCUUCUUUCUUUCUUUCUUUCUUUAUUUCUUUGUUCCCUACUUGUUUAAUUUCCCCAUCUUUUUUGUAGUUUUAUUAAUUAAUUUAAUUCAAACUUCGGGGCCUAACCGGUGGUUAUUUUUAAAGCAUCGUUCUUAGCUUCAAUCUUUUCUGAUAGUAUAGCAACCUUGUUAUUGAUUUAUCUUGCAUAUAACGGUGUUUCGACCAUAGUCCUCUUUUGGAGAUUAUAUCGACUUUUUUUGUAUGUCGAUCGAUAUUGAACAAAAUCCUUUUGAUCAGGCUAAAAUAAGGGGAGUUACACUUUCUUGAUAUAUACAGUGUAAUAUAAAAAAACACAUCAAAGAUCGAAAGGUCAAAUAUUCGGUGUCUCAUGUCAGCAUUUUGAGAAUGACUUUCCGUUACGUCAACACGGGGAAUACUGAAAGUUUGCAGAUUUCUUAAUGCAAUAGCGCCAUCUAUUGGUUGGUUCAGCACAACAUCCAAAACUGGGCGUGAUGAAAAGCAUUUUUUUACUUGAGAUUCAAAUUAAUUGUAAGAGUACUAGUGUAACAAUUUUGGAUGAUUGCAAGCUUCCAUUUUGGAGAGAAGACAACGUUGGUUUCCAAUCGUAGCCAAUAGUAUGAUUGCUAUGACGUCAUAACGGACAUUUAAUUCCCUUUAAUCUAAUAAGGAUGGCAGCAGAGUCACAAAUUUGAAGAUAAGUGUUCGUACCAUGAUUUGGAACUGUAAACAGUAAGAUCUUAGAACUAUGUCUCAAUAUUCGCAUCAAAUUUUACUAAGUUUUAUUUUAGUCGGGUCACAGACCAAUCAUAUAGUGUGUGGUGGCCUUCAAAACGAGGAAAGGUAAUUUGUCAAAUCCUGAAAAUUCUAGAUAUUUCUUUUACAAUAUAUUUUGAGAAAGACGGUGAAAAAAAUAAUGUUCACCAUCCACCAUCAAUGAAUAUACCGCCCCCCC